ACGAUUCUCGGGCAGAUCAACUCGAACGGGCGUCAAGUGAACAACACGCAACGACGACAAAUCCGAACCAAAUCCAACGAACAAUUCAAAUUCAAACUCAAAUUCUAAUUCCACAAAGAGGCAUCGCUUGAAAAAUCACAAAAAUGGUUUACGAAAGUGGAUUUACAACUCGCAGAACGUACUCCUCGAGGCCGGUGACGACUUCUUACGCCGUUACGUACCCGACGGUCUCGAAAGUAACUCGUGUAUACAAGUCGAGUUAUCCGAUCUACUCGAGCUACUCGGUGCCCAGGCGCGUGAUCACCGGCACCCGUGUGGUGACCUCGCCCAUCCGUGUGGUUACCUCGCCCGCCCGCGUGGUGUCCCGGGUUAUCCACUCACCGUCGCCAGUUCGCGUUGUCCGCACGACGACCCGAGUGAUUUCAUCGCCGGAGCGCACCACCUCGUACUCGUACACUUCGCCAUCGACCUAUUACAGCCCCAGUUACUUGCCAUCGACCUACACUUCGACCUACAUCCCGACCUCGUACACCACUUACACGCCGUCCUACUACUACAGCCCGACCACGGUCACCCGGGUGUACGCCCCCGCCCGUUCGCUAUCCCCGCUGAGGAUCACCACCUCGCCGGUGAGGAUCACGACCACCCCGGUCCGCUCAGUGCCCUCCUACCUGAAGAGGCUGCCGCCAGGAUAUGGUGCUCGGGCCCUUACCAAUUACCUCAAUACCGAACCCUUCACCACCUUCUCUGAGGAAACAAGCCGGAUUCGCAACCGGGCGCAAUCUCUGAUUCGUGACUUGCAUACUCCCGUGGUGCGCCGUGCUCGCAGCUGCACACCCUUCCCAGUCACCGGUUACACCUAUGAACCAACUUCCCAACUUGCCCUGGACGCCUAUGUGGCCCGUGUCACAAAUCCUGUGCGUCAUAUUGCCAAGGAAGUUCACAAUAUCUCGCAUUAUCCCCGGCCAGCUGUAAAAUAUGUUGAUGCCGAGUUGGAUCCUAACCGUCCAACUAGAAAGUUUUCUGCCCCUAGGCCCUUGGAGGAUCCCGUCGACUUGGAGAACAAGGAGAAGCAACGUCUCCGUCAGGAGCGUCUCCUCACGGUCAACGAGGAGGCCCUGGACGAAGUGGAUCAGGAGAAGAAGCGCGCCCAGAAGGCUGAUGAGGCCAAGCGUCGUGAGGAGAGGGCUCUGAAGGAGGAGCGCGAUCGCCUGGCCGCUGAGGCCGAGCAAAAGGCUGCUGCCAAGGCCAAGAAGGCUGCCGAAGAAGCUGCCGCCGAAGAGGCUCGCCAAGCGGAAGUUGCCGCCCAAAAGGCGGCAGCAGAUGCUGCCCAAAAGGCUGCUGAUGAAGCUGCCGCUGCCGCUGCUGCCAAGGCUGCCGAAGAAGCUCGUCUUGCCGAGGAAGCCGCUGCUCUUAAGGCUGCCGAAGAAGCUAAGGCCGCUGAGGAGGCACGCUUAGCCGAGGAAGCUGCCGCCCUUAAAGCUGCCGAAGAAGCUGCCGCUGCUGCUAAAGCCGCUGAAGAAGCUCGUCUUGCCGAGGAAGCUGCCGCUGCCGAGGAGGCUCGCCUCGCUGAGGAGGCACGCUUAGCCGAGGAGGCGGCCGCUGUCAAGGCUGCCGAGGAGGCUCGUGCCGCUGAGGAAGCCCGCCUGGAGGAGGAGCAGCGCCUGCGUGAACAGGAGCUGGAACGCCUGGCGGAGAUCGAGAAGGAGGACGACGCCGAACUGGCCCGCCAGGCCGCCGAGCUGGCCGAGAUCGCCCGCCAGGAGAACGAGCUUGCGGCCCAGGAGCUGCAGGCCAUCCAGAAGGGUGAGAAUGAUGUCGAUGCCACUGAGCCUCUGGUCGAGGAGCCUGUGACGCCCAUCGACGAGCAGGAACCCAUCAUCGAGCUGAGCUCCAAUGUGGAGGAUGCCCCCGCCGGUGGCGACAGCUACGAGGAGCCAGAGGAGGAUGAUGGGGAGGAGGAAGAGGAGGAGGAAUAGGUACUAGACAAUCAUGAAGCUGUCAUUAAAAUUAUAAAAAAGGAAACUAAAAAAAAUUAUAAUAUAAAAAAC